AUGACUCUCCUGGCGACCGCGUCGGCUGACAAUGCGAUAAACAUCUACUCUGUCCCCUCAAACCCAACGCCCGACACACCUCUGAAACACAUACGCACGCUGCGCGCGCACUUGGCAGGCGUAAACGCAAUAGCCUGGUCUCCGGUCGGGCCUCCCUAUACCCUUGCCUCAGCCGGCGACGACAAAUCCAUCCUCCUCUGGUCUCCCCUGUCGUCAGAUUUCCCAAUCGCGCCCUCACCCUUCAUGGGGCACAGCAACUACGUCUAUUCCCUCGCCUUCUCCCCCAAGGGAAACAUGCUUGUUUCCGGCUCCUUCGACGAAGCGGUGUUCCUGUGGGACGUUCGCUCUGGUCGCGUCAUGCGCAGCCUACCCGCACACUCUGACCCCGUCAGCGGCGUGGAUUUUCUAAGAGAUGGCACCAUGGUCUGUUCGUGCGCCGGGGACGGAUUGAUCCGCAUAUGGGAUGCCGGCACAGGGCAGUGUCUCAAGACGCUGGUCGACGAGGACCGCAAGGCCGUCACGAGCGUCCGGUUCUCCCCCAACGGGAAGUUCGUGCUUGCGUGGACAUUGGACAACUGCGUCAGACUAUGGAACUACACCGAGGGCAGAUGCGUCAAGACGUAUCAAGGCCACGUGAAUCAAGAAUACAGCCUGAGUGGGACUGUGGGGAGUUAUGUAUACAAAAAUGGAAAUGCACAGAGAAGGCGGGAGGCCUUCGUGGCGAGCGGCAGUGAGGACGGCGACGUGCUGGCGUGGGACGUCACGAGCAAAGAAGUCCUCUGGCGCGGCAAGGGCCACAGGGAUGUGGUGCUGGCCAUGGACUUUGGGCGGACGAAAGAUGGUAAAGGUCUGCUGGUGAGUGGCGGCAAGGACCGCGACUUGAGGAUCUGGAUGCUUGAGAGCGACGAGGCGGAUUCCGAGUUUUUCACCACCGACAAGCAUCAAGGCUUGGAGAGAGGUCGCGACGAUAAUGACAUGGAUAUGGACAUGCAGAUGACGAUGGACAUGGACGAUCACGAUAUGCACAGAGAUGCUGGUGGUGGCGGACCAGCAGCACCAGCAGCAGGAGGUGCAGGAAGAGUAGUCGAUGGCAACCACCACACGGACAUGGACAUUGACGGCAAAUGA